AUGCAUGUUCAGGGCCUUCCCGCGAAGGAAUGUGCGUUGGUGAUAGGAAGUGCUGCACAGCGUCCAGCUGUUUUCCGUCCGACGCCUGCUGGACGGGCUCUUCUUGUCCAGAAAAUUUUUGCAGAGUUGAAGGAGUCGCAGGAAUCUGCAUGGCGAGGAACCUGUGCUGCACAAGUGGCCAAUGCGAAAGAAAUAUGCAGUGUCCUUGAAGAAAUCAUCCCGUGA